GCACGCGCGUUCACGCGCCCGGAGGAAAGCUGAGUAAGAAGUUAAGGACAGUAAUGUAACUUCUCCCUUGUUGCCCCCCCAUUGUCUCUCCUCACACGGUGGAUCUCUCCUCCUCGGAGGUGGGGUCAUACCGGAUCUCUGCUCAAAAACCGGACCUGGGCGCAACAGCUGCGCGAGACAAGUUCUGUGGCUCUGUCCGGCGCGAGGGAUAAAGCCUGCCGCCUUCUCGCGCUCACGACAGAGCUCACUCAGGUGUGUGUUAUGGCUGCUGUGAUGAAGGAUCUCUCUCAGGAUGGUUCCUGGUCCAUCGUCUUUGUCUCCUUCAUGGCUCAGCUGUUGGCGUACGGCUCUCCUCAGGCGGUGGGCGUUCUUUACCCCCAGUGGCUCAGCACCUUCCAGGAAGGCAAGAGCACCACCGCCUGGGUCGGAUCUACUGUCCUGGGGGUGGGGCUCAUCACUGGCCCUUUGUGCAGUGCAUGUGUCGAUAAUUUUGGCGCCCAGCCCGUGACCAUCUUCAGCGGUGUAAUGGUGGCAGGAGGUUUAAUACUUAGUGCCUUCUCCCCCAACAUCAUCUUCCUCAUCUUCAGCUACGGAAUCGUUGUCGGUCUGGGUUGUGGGCUCGUCUAUGCAGCCACGUUGACUAUCACCUGUCAAUAUUUUGAUAAAAGGCGUGGUCUUGCCCUGGGCAUCGUUACCACAGGAACCAGCGUGGGCGGCUUUAUGUAUGCCUCUAUGCAAAACAAGCUGAUCGAGCAUUAUGGAUUAGAUGGGUGUCUACUCAUUGUUGGUGGUCUGGCACUAAACCUGAUUGCAUGUGCUGGACCCAUGCGACCUUUGAAUCUUCCUGGUUACUACAUCAAACAGAAGGCUGCUCUAAAGUGUACAGACGAGUCGAUUUGUGACAAAGAACUUGACACAGAGACAUCGGUGGAACAUCCGACGUUGAUACGCAUCAUAAAAAAGCGCCUCCAGCCAAACACUCAGUACAUGCAUGUGAUGCGUGAGUGCUUGCGCGAGCCUUUGUUUGUGGCACUCUGCAUCUCCAUCUUCCUGUACAGUCUGGGUGGAAUUGCACCUGUACUCUUCAUAGAGGACGUGGCUCAGAGCGAGGGCCUCCUCGAUCAUGUUUCAAACAUUCCUCUCGUCUCAAUCACUGCUGCUGGAACCGGAGUGGGCAAGCUGGCAUUGGGCAUCCUGGCAGAUGUGAGCUGGGUGAACAGCUUGCAACUCUAUGCCAUGACUGUAACUGCAAUGGGCGCCGUUCUGCUAGUGGUGCCCAUGUGGAAGAGUUAUGCUGGGCUUCAGGUACUCUCAGCUUCCAUUGGCUUCUUUUCAGGCAACUGGUCAAUUACAUCCUACGUCACCACGCGCCUUGUGGGCAUCGAGCGCCUCAGCCAGGCACACGGGCUCCUCAUGUGUUUCGGAGGCUUUGGGAUCAUUCUUGGACCUCCUGUCGUAGGAUCGUUCUUCAAUUGGACGCAGUCGUAUGACCUGGCGUUUUACUUCGCUGCGUGCUGUUUGGUAACAGGUGGUGCUGUUCCCUUCCUCACAGCCUUGUUCUGUAGGAAUCCAGCCAACCAAGUGAGGAAUGUUUCAGGUGACCUUGAUGCUGAACUUGACCCAGAAGUCAAAAACGUGUCUGAAUGUAACACAGUGACUUCUGUGGCAUAAGGACUGUGCAGACCAAGAUGGCGAUGAAGAACUAGGUAGCAUCCCUAACGUCUGCCUUACGUCUUUAGAAAUGACCGCAGACCAGCUGAUGGCCGACACACGCACAUUCUGCACCAUGCUUUGUCAUACAUAGAGCAGGUUUUGAAUUUGUGGUUAAAACGGUAUCAUGUAAAGGUGAAGUCUGUCUCAAAUCACAUACUCCUGAUGUAACUUAUGUCUCAAAAUAGUACAGGUUCUCUAGGCAUGUUCUCUUUUACCAUUUAGUGCACUAGUAUACUGUAGAUUUUGGACACAACCGAGCAAACUAGCCUAGCUGCCUUUUUCUUUCUGUAGCUAUGUUGCAUUGCUUGUGUCAUGUCUGCUACACUGUUUUGCUCAACCAAAUAGACAAUCAGAGAAAUCUACCACAUGCCUCUAGUCUUUUAUUCCUUUCUAUUGUAUUUAGUUGCAUCCCAAAAUGACUAUGCACUAUGUACUCUAGAAUGUUAGAAGGGUCGUAUCGUGUCAAAUAGAACACUAAUGACUUUUUGUAAGCUGUUUCCCGGUCCAUGCCAAAUGACGCCAAAUGCAUGGAACAUGAUGUUGCUAGCUUUGGCAUUUAGAAUACGUUGAAUUUUUUAAAAUGUUAAACAAUACACUGAUCAGGCAUAACAUUAUGACCACUGAGAGAUGAAGUGAAUAAGACUGAUGAUCUCCUCAACAUGGCACCUGUUAGUGGGUGGGAUAUAUUAGGCAGCAAGUCAACAUUUUGUCCUCAAAGUUGAUGUGUUAGAAGCAGGAAAAAUGGACAAGCGUAAGGAUUUGAGUGAGUUUGACGAAGGGCCAAAUUGUGAUGGCUAGACCACUGGAUCAGAGCAUCUCCAAAUCUGCAGCUGUUGUGGGGUGUUCCCGGUCUGCAGUGGUCAGUAUUUAUCAAAAGUGGUCCAAGGAAGGAACAGUGGUGAACCGGAGACAGGGUCAUGGGCGGUCAAGGCUCAUUGAUGCACAUGGAGAGCAAAGGCUGACCCGUGUGAUCCGAUCCAACAGACGAGCUACUGUUGCUCAAACUGCUGAAGAAGUUAAUGCUGGUUCUGAUAGAAAGGUGUCAGAAUACACAGUGCAGAACGGGUCAGGGCUGUUUUUGUGGCAAAAGGGGGACCAACACAAUAUUUGGCAUGUGGUCAUAAUGUUAUGCCUGAUCGGUGUAUAUCACAUGAUGUACGAGGGAUAAUUGAAUGUAAAGUAUCAAGGGCUAACCAGUUAUGCAUCGGUAUUUCUACAUGUCAUAAAAAUCUUAAAGUCACCAUGCUUGAUUUUUAAAUAUCUUCCUGUAUAUUUUAUCUUUUUAACUGUAAAUAUUUUUUACUUUGUUCUGGAUAUUGAACAAUAAGGAUUAGUUUGUUUGUUUUAAGAAUUGGUUAAAAUUCCUUUGGGAGCAGUCAGGAUAGUUCAGGAUUUCUUUGGAGCAUGUAGGAUUGGUCAGAUUUCCUUUGUAAAUGGUCAGGGAAAGACAGAAUUCCUUUGAGAGUAGGAAGGAUUGGUCUGCAUGUCUUUGGGAGAGGACAGGAUUAGUCAUAAUUCCUUUAAGAAUGGUUGGGAUUGGUCAGAAAUCUUUUGGGAGUGGUCAGGAUUGGUCUAGAAUUCUUCUUAAAACAAAAUAAAAUCCCACCUCUAAUUUCUAUAAAUUCUGUCAUAACACCUUUUAAUUUUUUUUUUUUAUUUUUUAUGCAUGCAUAUUUUGGAA